AUGGUUGUUCUAUCUGAACUUCCAGAAGAAUCUUCUUCUUCUGUGUCAACUCAUGCCCAUAGUCCAUCAACUCAUGACCAUAGUUCAUCAAUUGAUGGUCAUAGAUAUGAUGUAUUUUUAAGUUUUAGAGGUCUUGACACUGGUCUUAGUUUCACCAAUUACCUUUAUGAGGCACUUAUAGAGGCCAAUAUUAGUACCUUCUUGGAUGAUGAAGAGAUUGAAACAGGGGAAGAUCUGAAACCGGAAUUGGAGAGUGCAAUUAAGGCAUCUCGGGCUUCUAUUAUUGUGAUGUCUAAGAAUUACGCUUCUUCAACAUGGUGUCUGGAUGAAUUGGUGUUGAUCCUUGAGCAGCGUAUCACAUCCAACCAUAUUGUCAUCCCAAUAUUUUAUCAUGUGGAGCCCGCCCAUGUCAGGAAGCAACAAAGUAGCUUUGGAGAUGCAAUGGCUAAGCAUAGACAGAUGAUGGAGGCAGAGACAAAUGCAGAUAAAAGAAGUCAAUGGGCUCAAAAGAUGGAACAGUGGAAUAAAGCGCUUGUAGAUGUUGCUAAUUUAAAAGGAAAUGAUGUCAAUGGAAGGUUCGAGACAGAGUUUAUUGGAGAAAUUGUGAAGGACAUCUACCGUAGAUUAAAAGUACCCCUAAGGAGCGCUCAACCGCUACUUAUUGGGAUGGACUAUCAUAUUGACUUUGUCACUUCAUGGUUGAAAAAUGGAUCCUCUCAUAGGGCAGACAUACUCAUUAUUUUGGGUAUGGGUGGGAUCGGAAAGACAACUUUAGCUAAAUAUGUCUAUGGGUUACAUUGCCGUGAAUUCCAUACAAGCAGCUAUAUUGAAGAUAUUACUAGGAAAUGUGAUGGAAAGUUUAAUGGGUUGCUUGAUUUACAAGAACAACUCUGUGGUGACAUUUCAAAAACAAGUUUAACUAAAGUUCAUGAUGUUUUAGCAUACACCUCAAAGAUAGAGAAUGCAGUAGCUCAUAAACAGGUAUUUCUUGUUCUUGAUGAUAUCAGUACUCUUGAUCAGUUGGAUGCAUUGCUUGGAAGCAAAGGUUUUCACCCGGGAAGCAAAAUCAUUAUAACAACAAAGGACGCAUGGUUGACAGAGAGUUGUGCACUUUUCAAAUCAAAUAUAAAACCCAAGAAGACAGAGGUCUUGCUUCAAAGCUUACAUGAGACUGAAUCACGACAACUUUUGUGUGUCCAUGCAUUCAUGUGCAACUAUCCUAAGCCAGGGUAUGAAGAGGUGUUAUAUAAGCUUGUGAAUUAUUGUCAAGGACAUCCAUUGGCUCUUGAAGUUUUGGGCAAGUCUCUACACAAUAGAGAUGUAGCCUACUGGGAAGGGUGUAUAGAAGUUCUAAAGAAAGAAACAAGUUCCCCUAUAAAUAAUGUCCUGAGAAUGAGCUUUGAUUCUUUGCCGUCUAACAAUGAUAAGGAGUUGUUUAAAUAUAUUGCUUGUUAUUUUAUUGGAAUAGAUAGACAUGUUAGUGAAACAAUUUUAAAGGCAUGUGAUAUAAACACGAAAUCUGGGAUCACAAAUCUCAUUGACAGAUUCCUUCUUACUAUUGGAUGGAACAACGAAUUAAACAUGCAUCAGUUAAUUCAAGAUAUGGGAAGAUGCUUAAUACGUCAAGAAUCACUUGACAAACCAUGGAAGCGAAGUCGAUUAUGGUGUCAUGAGGAGUCAUUCAAAGUGUUAAAACAAAAAAAGGGAACAGGAAAUCUUGUAGGCCUUGUCCUUGACAUGCGAAUGCUUGAGAAAGAGAAGGAUGCAUCAUUUGAGCUAAAGACAGAUGCAUUGAUUAAUAUGGAUAAUUUGAUGCUACUACAACUUAAUUAUGUGCAUAUGAAUGGAUCCUAUGCGAACUUUCCAGAGGAAUUAAGAGGCUUGGCUAUGCAUGGUUUUCAUCUAAAUUCUAUACCUUUAGACUUACCUAUGGAGAAUCUUGUUGCUCUUGACAUGUCAUACAGCAGUAUUGAAUCAUUUGUCGGUUGUUAUAGUAAUCCACGACUUGAGAAGAGACAAAAGUUGGAUGGGUCAUGCUUAAAAGACAAAAAGUUGCUUGGAUCAUUGAAAAUUCUUAAUUUAAGUUUUUGUAAACAACUUCGUAGUGUUGGUGACUUUGACCAACUCCCUGCACUUGAGAGGUUAAUCGUUAGAAAAUGCAUUAGUUUGCUUGAGGUUUGUGAAUCAAUUGAUCAAUGUGUUGAACUUUUCUUCGUGGAUCUCAGCUCUUGCGACAAGCUUGAAAAUCUUACAAACAUCAUAGGAAUGUUAAAAAAGGUUAAAACUGUGUUGCUAGAUGGAUGCAAUCUAGGUGAAUCUCGAAUCAAGAAUAUGGAUAUCAAAUCACUGGAAAUGUGCAAGGAUAGUAACAUUGGCAUAUACAAAGGAACCUCUUCCUCCACCUUUGUGCGUGCUAUACCAAGUGAUUUGAAGUUGUUUUCAAGUUCUUUAUCAUGGUCUUUAGUAAGUUUGUCGCUUGCAAAUAAUAAUUUGUCUAAUGAAUCCUUUCCCAUGGACUUGGGUUGCCUAUCCAUGUUAAAGAAAUUAUAUUUAGAUGGCAAUCCUAUAAACUCCAUGCCUAGUUGUGUGAGAACCCUUCCUAGGCUUGAGAUACUUAGCAUGAAUAACUGUGAAAAACUGAAGUCAGUUGAGCAUCCUCCACGUACACUAAGCAGGUUAUUGCUCUAUUCUGAUCAGCAGCAGUUUGUAGAAAAAGUUGUAUUUGAUCCCGAAAUGUCUCCACUAGAGUUAUCAUCAAACUGGAGGGUAGGUUAUACACCUUGGUCAUAUGAAAUUGAAGGUAUGCUCAAAAUCGAAGCAAUGGUAUGUGUUGAGGAAAAGGUAUUACGUAGCUUGGGAUGGACUAAUGUAGACUUCUUUAAGGAGAGAGGCGUGCAAACUAACUCUCCGGAAUCUAAAAUCCAGACAAUGUAUUAUGAAUUUGGAAUAUUCAGCACGUGGUAUGAAGAGGAGAAGAUGCCGAGCUGGUUUAGACAUUGA